UUUUACAAUUCCUGAUCAUAAGGAGGUCAGGUCAUGAUUGGGUGAGGUGUCUGUGGACAGAAAUUGUGCUAAAGAAGAACAGUUCCUAUUUUUUCUGGUUGUUUGCGGAGUCAUCUACAAGAGGACGUCGAUACAUAAAUCUGAAAUCUAAGUCAUCUCCAAGCAUGGAUGAUUUGGGCUCGAUUUUCACUGAUGAGGAGUUGAGCCUCCUGAACUUCACUGAAUGGGAAUUUGUCGAGCCUGAGGACCUUGGUCCUGUGCUGGGACCCCGUCACCUGUUCGCCCUGGUGUUCUAUAGCUUGGUCUUCCUGCUGGGGGUCCCGGGCAACGCUCUGGUGGUGUGGGUGACAGGCUUCCGCAUGCCGCGCUCAGUCACCUCUCUGUGGUUCCUCAACCUGGCCCUGGCUGACCUGCUGUGCUGCCUGUCCCUGCCCCUCCUCAUGAUGCCCUUGGCCAUGGACCAGCACUGGCCCUUUGGCCCCGUGGCCUGCAAGCUGCUCAAGGGACUCAUCUACCUGGUCAUGUAUUGUAGCGUGCUGCUGCUAGUACUUAUCAGCCUGGACCGCUGGCUGCUGGUCAGCUUGCCCGUGUGGUGCCAGAACUGGAGGAGGCCACGCAAGGCCGCCUGGGUAUGUGUCGGGUUGUGGCUCCUGGCCCUGCUGGGCAGCAUCCCCCAGUUUGUCUACGUGAAGGAGGUCCAGCUAAGCACCAGUAAAUCAGAGUGCCUGGGAUCUCACACUAUAGUUAGCGCCUGGACUAUCACUACAGUACGCUUCCUGUUGGGUUUUGUGAUGCCAUUCAUCACCAUCGUGGCGUGUCAUUGGGUUGUGUAUAGCAGGGCCGGGCGGGGGUCUGGGGUGGGGUCUGGGAGGGUGAGUGAGGUGCGCUCCAGACGCACCUUGAGGGUCAUUUUUGCUGUGUUGCUGAGCUUCUUCCUGUGCUGGGUUCCACUGCACAUAUUGGAUUUCCUGAUCCUAUUGACCCCCCGGCACUCAUCGCACAGCGCCAACAUACAGCUGGCCCACACCCUGGCCCUCUGUCUUGCCUACUGUAACAGCUGCAUCAACCCUCUGAUCUAUGUGUGUCUGGGACGAGGCUUUAAGCAGAGUAUUAAUCGUUCCCUGCGCAGUAUGUUAAACUUCGCCACCGAGGAGCCGCUACCCAGAAAGAGCAUAUCCAAGAGCACAUCAGAAAGAACCCAGGAGAUGAAUAUAAUGUAAUGUUCUCUGUGUGUGUGUGUGUGUGUGUGUGUGUGUGUGUGUGUGUGUGUGUGUGUGUGUGUGUGUGUGUGUGUGUGUGUGUGUGUGUGUGUGUGUGUGUGUGUGUGUAAACCAUGAGAACCUGCUGAGUCAGAGUGUUUUGUGACAUUAAAAAGUGCUGAGAGAUGUGAUUGGAAUCCAGUGUUGUUUAACAGAACAGGAACUUCUGCCCUCUCUGUAAUAUAUUUCUGCCAGCAAUCACACUUGUGCAAUUACAUUUGGCUUUAUCUGUAUUUAAGGGCUCUAUUCAAUCAGAUCCGCUUUAGCUGACAUCCCCAAUAAGGUUGUUUUGGUGGUGUGAGAGGUGGAACUGCGUUAGAGCUGUCACACCAGUGCCAUGAUUACUGCAUAUAUGUGAUAACCUUUGUAUGCUUGCAAUGCGUAAUGAUGGAAAAGUACUGGGUAAAUGGAGAUGUACUGCUUUAGUUCUCAGGCUGAGAAUUGUCUGCACCUGCUGAUAGUCACAUAGGCUCAAGGCCGAGAUAGUAGAGUGGAAAACCACAGUGUAGACAUGUUUUUCUCAUCUUAGAUGCUUUGUAUUUAAUCAAAUGCAACAAUGUUAACUGCUUAAGUGAUCCCUUCACGCACCAAUCCCAUUAACUUCUUGGUGACAAGGGGCAGUAUUUUCACGUCCCGGAUGAAAUGCAUGCCCAAAUUCAACUGCCUGCUACUCAUCCCCAGAAGAUAAGAUAUGCAUAUUAUUC